AUCAGGUUGCCACUUUUUCCGUCUCCGUUACGCGCUGAGAAGAGAGCAGGAGGCGAGAGACUCCCGACACCUGAGCUUGGCCACCCGCGCACACAACCGCGACGUUUCCCGAUUCCACCACCACCUGCUGUUCUUCCCCUUUGGCUCACUCUUAUAACUGGUACCAAACGGUCCAAGAAGCCAAUUGCGAGUCAGGAAGCGCAACGAGCCGACUCCGGCCACUUGCCUACCUCUCCUGAGCUGCUAGAUCUGGAGAAGGAGAACCAUCCGGAUCCAGCUGAGGCGUGCAAGCUUCGUGCUUCGCCGAGGGUUAAUUAGCCGCCGCCGGCCGAGCUCGAUCCAGCUUCUGCGGAAAGUCUGCAGCUUGUCUUGGUCCCAAUUUGCCAGCUACUUUUGGUCCGUUCCAAGGAGCAAACAUGGCAGCGGCCACUUCUGCUUCUACUAUGUCCCUGCUCCCGAUCUCCCAGCUCAAGCAGCAGCAGGGGCACGCCGCGGGCGCGGUGGUCGAGUUCCGGCGGCGGUCCCGGGACGCGCGGCGGAGGCGAUACGUCGUGCCGACGGCGAGGCUGUUCGGGCCGGCGAUCUUCGAGGCGUCGAAGCUGAAGGUGCUGUUCCUGGGCGUGGACGAGGAGAAAGAGAAGCACGGGCACCCGGCCGGGAAGCCGCUGCUGCCGCGGACGUACACGUUGACGCACAGCGACGUGACGGCCAGCCUCACGCUCGCCGUCUCCCACACCAUCAACCGCGCGCAGCUGCAGGGGUGGUACAACCGGCUGCAGCGCGACGAGGUGGUGGCCGAGUGGAAGAAGGUGCGGGGCAGGAUGUCGCUGCACGUCCACUGCCACAUCUCCGGCGGGCACUUCCUCCUCGACCUCAUCGCCGGCCUCCGGUACUACAUCUUCCGCAAGGAGCUCCCCGUGGUUCUGAAGGCUUUCGUGCACGGCGACGGCGACCUGUUCAGCCGGCACCCGGAGUUGGAGGAGGCCAGCGUGUGGGUCUACUUCCACUCCAACCUCCCCCGCUUCAACCGCGUCGAGUGCUGGGGCCCUCUCCGCGACGCCGCCGCACCCGCCGAGGACGACUCCACCGCGCCGGCCGCGGGGUCCGAGGAGGGUCAGAUGCCCGCGGGCGAGUGGCCGCGGCGGUGCCCCGAGCAGUGCGAGUGCUGCUUCCCGCCCCACAGCCUCAUCCCCUGGCCGAACGAGCACGACAUGGCCGCCGCCGACGCCCCCACCACCGGCCAGACGCAGCAGUGACACUGCCACGUACGCCGACGACGCUACGUAAAUCGUCGUAGACUAGCGAGUUGUUUGGUUGGGUAGCUGCAAACGCAUGCAUGCAGUGGCGCCAAAACCGACCUGCAUGCCCGCGUUAUUCUUUAGUUGGUAGCUUAGCUUAGCUCAGCCUCAGCUCAGCUAUACUCCCACAAACCUAGCUUUCAAAAUAGCUUAGCCGAGGGCAGGGGAAAAAGAACGUGGUGGUCUUGUAAAUAGAAUGGAGUUCUAGAUGGCAAAGAACGAUGUACAUGUACGUACGUACAUCUUGCUUCAAGAUGCAUGCAUGGCAAGUUUCAGGGCAGGCAAGUUUCAUCUUUACAGUACUCUACACUUGAACUGGACUGGACUAGAUUUGUAUAGUGAAAUGAUACUUGUAGAUUAAACCAUUUAAUUAUUUUAUCUAAUUAUAUUAUGUCC